GGGUGGAGACGAGUCCGGGCUCGGGCGGGAGGUGCUGCCCGAGGCGGGCGGCGGGGCCGAGCCGGGUCGGGGGAGCCGUCGCGGGGCCCGGAGGUACCCGGGGAUGAGGGAGACGGGCGAGCCUCACAGGCCUCGCGGGGGGGCUGAGGUGGAGGUGGGCAGGGGGCCGGGGCACGCCAUUCCGCCCAGCCCCGGCCCAGGUGGCAUCUCCCCUCCCCAUCAACCGGGACAGAAAGCCCCUCCACCCUCGUUUGUCCACUCCAGACCCCACUCGGCCCAGCCCAAGCCGUCCCUCCCCCCACCAGCCAGCAGCCCAGAACCUGACACAGUGUCAGCGGCAAAUCUCCGUGCCCACCGCAGACUUCAUCCCAGGACCCUGGAGGGUGCUGAGGGGCUGCGGUUCUUCACCCUGGAAUCUGCCUGGGGCGCACUUCCUUGCUCACCGGAGAGAAGGGGGUGACGGAGCUUAUAAACGCCCAGUCAGGCUGCCGGCGGCAAGAAGCAGGCUCGAAGAUUGCUGGCAGGGCACAGCCCUCGUGAGUCGCCCUCCCUGCGUUUGUACAUCUCGCCUUCCUGAUUCUAAAACCCACACACGUCCACAUGAAAAGUUCUCCAGAGUCUCAAGAAGGAAAAAGUCACGUGGAAUACUCCUCCACUUUUCACUUGUCAUAAGCAUUUCCCAUGUCAUUAAAAAUCCUUCCUAAAUGUUUUUGUUCUUUUUUUUUUUUUCUUCAUGAUGGUCAGACAUGAUCAAAAUACCAUUUGGGGGAGAUUAAGAGAAGUAUGAAGAACAUAGCAUAUGGCUGGCUGCCCUUGGGCCUCUCCCGGCGGCCCUUUUUGGGACCCUCAUAUAUCAUUUUGCAUCCCACUUUCCCCUGUACCUCAUAUCAUCUGUAUGUCAUGUCUGCUUCCCUUGAGCAUGUUAUGUUACCGUGUAUUUUGCAGUCAUAAAUUCUCCGCCAUGUGAUGGGAGGGUAGUUGAUCUCACCAGGCUUGACUGUUGGGCACUUUUGUUGUGGUUCUUGGUGCCUAAAUCUUUGUCCCAAUUUCAGAUAAAUUCCACAGCAUGCGAACUUCCAGAAUGGUCUUGAUACACAAGCUGCCACAGUGUUUUCCAGAAAGGUCGUGCCAGUUUGUACUUUCACCAUUGGAUCAGCACAGAGUACAUGUGUUAAAAAAAGAAAAAAAAAUCUGCUCAUUUUUAUUUUUACAACUUUAAUGUUUUCUUCAGUUACAUGUUCACUAUAGAAAGCUUGGAAAAGGCACAAAAUGCUAUUUUUUCACUGCCCUUCCCACUUUCCCUCUGUUUUUAAAGUCUCUUUCCCCCCUUGUCCUCCUCACCUCCUCCUCCCUCAGCCUUAACUUAGAAAAGGCAAGAAAGACAGCAUAGGCAGGGCAGGAGGCCUCUGUUGUGCUAUUACGUAGCAUAUCUGGCUGUUAUCAUUUAAAGGGAAUUUAAAAGUCCAGUUCCUUAUUUCAAGUGCUCAGGAGCCACAUAUUAGCCUGUGGCUACCAUGCUGGAUGGCACAGAUGGAGAGCAUUUCCAAACGCAUAAGAAGUUCUGCUGGGCAGUGCUGGCUACUCCACCAGGGCAGGAAUCCCGUUCCCCUAGAUGCUCAGUAAACCGUGUGUUGAAUGACUAAAUGAGUGAAGGAGGCAGAUGUACGCUAAGUAAGGAAAUGAGGUAUGUUCACGAUGAGGUAAGAGUUGUAAAGACAGCACAGUGAAGAUGAGACAAGGGUGAUGGCCUGAGCCAGCACGUGGUGACAUCCUGCUGUGGUGACAGCUGGUCUAGGAUGAACAUCAGAGAGUAGUGUGGGUAGGAACAGUAGGUACAAAGGCCCUGGGGUGACCAGUGCCUUGUCUUCAACACAAUGUAACCCAUGAGGGUCAUAUGGAAGGAGAUUAGGUCAGAAUGAGAUGGGGAGGGGUCAGGUCAGUUCCUUGCGAAAUAGAGGUCAGGGCAAGGAGAUGGGGAGUUAGGGGAGUCCUGAGCAAGGUGGUGGCCACCAUCUGAUGUGGCCACUUUGCGCCUGCCCCUCUCUGCAGGCCCGACUGCUGACUGCAUCCGCCUGCUGCCACCUGGGUUUGUCUGGAGCUGCUGGGACUGUCCUGGGAUCCAGCCUGCUUGCCCCCUGAGGCCGGAGAGAUGCUCCCAUUGGCCAAAGCCCUCGCCUCCCCCAGGAAUCCCCAGACCCCGGCUCUGGGGGAGCAGGACGGGGCUCCUCAGCCAGCCAGUCCUGGGGAUACCGAGGUCUGGCGCCUGCGUUUCCGACAGUUCCAGUACUGCGUGGCAGGAGGGCCACACCGUGCACUGGGCCAGCUCUGGAUGCUGUGCCGCCAGUGGCUGCGGCCCGAGGCACACUCGAAGGAGCAGAUGCUGGAGCUGCUGGUGCUGGAGCAGUUCCUGAAUGCGCUGCCCAGCAAGAUGAGGACCUGGGUGCAGUCGCAGGGCCCCCGCACCUGCAGGGAGGCCGCUAGCCUGGUGGAGGACCUCACACAGAUGUCGCAGCAGGAAGUUCUGGUAUCUCUCACCGACCACCAGGACAAGAGCAUCAGCGAAGAGGAAGACAGGAAGAGCCCGAGGUCCCAGAAAGACCCAUCCCAGGCAUCGGAGCUGGGGCUCCCCCAGGAGGGCGAGUGGCUGCAGCCUGCCCAGCCCCAGCGGAGUCCCCACACCAGGGCGGGGGCCAAGGCAUCCUGCGCCCUGGGCUCACUCGGGCUUCAGCCUCCUAGCAUGAAGGCAGACAGACAGAAGAUGCUGCAGCAUGGGGUCCCCUCAGCAGCCCGCCCAGGCCUGGGCUCCUCGCCUCUGAAGGCUAGUAUCUGGGAUGAACCUCCCUGUGGGCAGGUUGGGGACAGAGCACCAAGGAACAGACACACCCUCCCCAGGCUGGCCCAGGACUCUCCCCAGGCAGAAGGGGGUGCCCGGCAGGCAGGGGCUGCCCCCAGGGACGCUGUGCUUCAGGGCACUGGAGGCCAAGGGCCUGCUCCCGAGGGGUCCCUGCACCCGAGCCCUCAGCCCGGCCUGGUUGCAGACCCCACCCUUCCAAGUGCUCAGAGCAGCAGUCCCCAAAAGAGGCUUGGGGACAGCGAUGCCAGCAGCACCCACCUGCCCUUACUCAAAGACACCAAAGCCUCCCCUGAAGAGGCGGGGCAACCGGCUGCUGCCCUCUCCUCGGGGAGCUCAGCGGCGACCCAAGUCCCCCCAGGGGCGCGGCCCUUCGCGUGUGCCGAGUGCGGGGAGGUCUUCACCUGGGUCACCCACUUCAUCGAGCACCAGAAGCGCCACCUGGAAGAGGGGCCCUUCUUGUGCCCCGAGUGCGGCAAGGCCUUUCUGCACGCCUCCGUCCUGGAGGAGCAUCGGAAGAUCCACCUGCUGCAGCCGCUGCGCAAGAGGCCCCGGCGGGGCGGGGGCGAGGGACCCGGGGAGGCCGGCCCGUUGGAAGCGGCGGGUGGAGGUCCCUGCGCCCAGGACGCGGAUGGAGACCCGCGCGCGGAGCCCUCCGGCCGCGAGCGGCCCUUCGAGUGCGGCGUCUGCGGGAAGGCCUUCCCCUGGAUGGUCCACCUCCUCGACCACCAGAAACUGCACGCCACGCAGUGAGCGGACGCGGGCCCCGGGUGACAGCGACCCCGGGCGGACU